ACAGCUGACAUCAUGGCAUUUGAUGGCACUUGGAAAGUAGACCGGAAUGAGAACUAUGAAAAGUUCAUGGAGAAAAUGGGCAUUAAUGUGGUGAAGAGGAAGCUUGGAGCUCAUGACAACCUGAAACUGACGAUCACACAGGAAGGAAAUAAAUUCACAGUCAAAGAAUCAAGCAACUUCCGAAACAUUGAUGUUGUGUUUGAACUCGGCGUCGACUUUGCCUAUAGUCUAGCAGAUGGAACAGAACUCACUGGGACCUGGACCAUGGAGGGAAAUAAACUUGUUGGAAAAUUCAAACGUGUAGACAAUGGAAAGGAGCUGAUUGCUGUCCGAGAGAUUUCUGGUAACGAACUAAUCCAGACCUACACAUAUGAAGGAGUGGAGGCCAAGCGGAUCUUUAAGAAGGAAUAGGCCAGCUUCUUGGAGCCUGGCGCAAUGCAGAAGGGCUAGCCUGGUGUCGGAUUCCUUUCUCCAUCUCGCUGAUAAUGCAGGCUCACUCAUUGUGUCAUGAGCACUGCUUCCAAGCCUUGUCAGAGCCAAAGAAGUAAAAGUUGAUUAGGACUU